UCAAUAUUUAGGUUGGUACAGUUAAAAUUUUGUGUUGGGUCGAUGUCUAUUAAGUGAAAAAAUGUUAAAAUAUUUAUUACAAAAUAUUUAAAGUAAUCUAUUCAAAAAAAAAAAACAAAAAAGGAUACAUUUAUUUUUUAAAGUACCUUUCAAAAAAAACGACGAACUCCUCAAAACAAGAGUCUUUGAGUCAGAUUUGAACUUGCAACAAAAUUAUUGUUAUAAUUCCAACUGCUUAACCAACUCAUCUAAACAUCAUAUUCUGAAGUAAUGUAAUUACAGCUGAGUAGUAUGCAAAGCAAGCAAUGCUGAUCUUAUCAACAUUGCUCACAAUCUAUAAAUAGAAUAAGCAUAAGCACAAACCAAAAAAAAUGAAAUACUGUUGAAUACGAGUCACAAACUGCAAGAUAAGCAUAAUAUUUGAUAAGCUUUUAUACAUCAACACAUGUUUCGACUCUGUCGAAACCGUUUGACUUUGUCAAACAUGGUUACAAGUGCAGUAUGUAUUUAGCGUUAGAAGAGGGUGGACGCAAAAAAAAAACAAAACAAAAAGAUUUUAUAACUAUGGCUGAAGAAAGUAUGGAUUUCGAUGAAAGCAAGGAUGGAUUUGAUGAAGAAGGGGAAAAAUUUUUUAAAGAUCUUGAAACCUUCACCAGUUUUUGUAUAGAAAAACGUAUUUCUUCUUUUAAUCAACUAAAAGAAAAAUAUAUAUUUGAAGGCAAUGGCCUAAAAUUAAAAAAUGAAAAAUAUAAAAAUUUUUUGGAUAAUAUGUUUAUGGAUAAAAAAGAUAAAAAAAAUUAUAAGAAAGAUAAAAGAGAAUUUGAUUUCAUCGAUUUAAAAGAAUUAUUGGAAUCAAAACGUGUAAACCAAUCUAAACCAGUUGGUUUAGAUUUUAAAAUUGAUAAUGAAUUUAUACAAAAUUUACAAAAAGAUAGUAUUGAUGAUAAUAUUACAAAAUUAUAUAAAAUUAAUAAAUUAUUAUUACAAAAUAAGAAAAAUACUUUUUAUAUAAAUUGUACAAUAGGAUUAAUUUUAGAAGAAUAUGCAAGAAAAUUGCAAUUAGAAAAAGGUUAUAAAAAAAUUGGUGUAAAAUGUAAAUAUACAACUAUGAAAGAUAUAUAUAAAAAAUUUAAGAUAAGCGAAAGCUAUGCUUGUAAAUUACGUUAUAUAGGCUUUUUGGUAACACAAUACCAAAAAUUGCAAAAUUUAGAUAUAACCAUUGAUGGAUUAUAUAAAUAUAGAAAAAUAUUAGAUAUAGUUUUUGAUGAAAAAAAUGAAAAAUAUAAAGAUUUCCAAAAUAACUGGAUAUAAUAAAAAAUAAAAAUCUUAUUCAAACAAAAAUUCAAACAUUUUUUUAUAUUGUAAAGAAAAAUUCAAACAUUUUUUUAUAUCUACCAUCAUUUGUUUCUUGUUCUUUAUCUAUUACUAAAAAU